AUGUUGGAUGUGUGCCUCAAUGGCAAGGUGAUCGAUGCCAAGAACAUGGUUCAGCAUGUUGCACAUCGGCUGGCUGGGGCAAUUGUGUACGGCUCCAAGACCAGUUGGGACAACGAUGAGUUCUUUCUGAAGGACGCGAGACAUUUCGAUGCUAAUGUUGUCAGCGAGAAUACGGGGAAUAACCAGAUGGUCAAAAUGCAGUUCGGGACAUGCCCCUUGCGAGAUUGGAGCUACUAUCAGGGAGAGUUCUGUGAUGGCAAGGCCAGCAAGGCGGGAUGGCAAGGCCAGCAAGGCGGAGCGAGGGGUUGCCGAGAUCCAGCAGUGUCGUGA